AUUUAUUUAUUAAUGAAAUCCUAAAAGUCAUUUUCAAGCAACAAAACUACUUCUUCAAAUACUUCCUUCAUCCUUAAUACUGUAUAGAUGGCAAGGUAUUUAUAUUAUCUAUUAAAUAGUAAACAUAUAUAAUAACCAAACUUUAAAACUUAAUAAAAAUCAACAUCAUCAUCAUAAAUCAAAAAGCCCUACAUAAUGAUUUCUCCUAAAUUAAUUGAGGAAUUCGAUCAAAACAAAACUAAAUAGACAAAACUACUAUUUGAAAAUCGAAUUUCAUUGUUGUAGACUACAAUACAAUUAAAAUCAGAUACCCAAAUUCCAAGUUCGAAUGGAUAGAUACUAACUUCUAGAGUGAGAAAAAGAACAGCUCCGAUUAGGUAUGUUUAAUUUAUUAAUUUAGAUUAUCAUUACGUCUGCCUACACAACUUUGAGUAAUUAUUGAAGAUAUUAAUGUGAUUUAAAG